AUUUCUUUGACAUGUUUUCGUGACAUGUAAGAUGUGUUUUUUUCGUUUUUUCUCUUUGUAAAUAGCAAAAAUGGAUCAGACGUCUAAAAAAUUGGUCGAAUAUCUUGUAGUAGAUACUACAGCUUUCAUCCAAAAUGCUCAAUUACAGGAUAUAGCAGAAAAAGUAACAACAUGUCCAGAAGUUGUCUCAGAAAUUACAAACAAGAGACAACUCAGACGGCUAGUAGUGCUUCCCUAUGAUUUAGCUGUUGAAGAUGUGAACUCAGAGAAUAUACGAUUUGUAACUGAAUUUUCAAAGAAAACUGGUGACUAUCCCAGCCUGUCAGCAACUGAUAUCAAAGUCAUUGCCCUCACCUACCAACUAGAAAAAGAAAAAGUAGGUUCAGAUCAUAUUCGAACUGAGCCAAUAAUGCAAAAAGUGAUCAAUACAGAAAAUAAAGUACCAGAUAUCAAUCCAGAUGUUACUGGUUUCUAUCUCCCAGGUAAAACCAAAAAUCCUAACCAGGGUGAAGCUACAGAUGCAGAAAAAGUUGGGUUAGAUAGUGUUCCAACUGAUGAAUCAGAUAUUAAAGAAUCAGGUAAUGAGAGUGAUGAAGAUAGUGAGAAUAUUUUGGUCCCAGUGCAAGAACAAGCUGUUUCUGGAAGUUCAGAUUCUGAGGGAGAUGAUGAAGGUUGGAUCACUCCUUCCAAUGUAGGUAUUGCCAAAAAGCAAGUCAACUCUGAGCUUAUGGAAGAAAAGCAUGUCACAGUGGCAUGCAUCACCACAGAUUUUGCCAUGCAAAAUGUUCUGCUGCAGAUGAACCUCAAUGUAUCAGCCUUAGAUGGGCGUAUCAUCAAGCAACUGAGAACUUACAUUUUACGCUGCUAUGCCUGCUUCAAAACUACCAGCAUCAUGACCAAAAAAUUCUGUCCCAAAUGUGGUAAUGACACUCUGAAAAAGGUAGCAGUGUCCCUAGAUGAGAAUGGCAAGAUGCAGAUACAUAUAAAUACCAGAAGGCCUCUGACUGGUAGAGGGAAGAAAUAUAGUCUACCAAGAAUCAAGGGAGGAAAGCACCCAAAUAAUCCAAUACUUGUGGCAGAUCAACCUAUGGCUGAUAAUAAACCAAGUAGGCUUGCAAGGAUGAAGAAUAAUCCAAUGGAAGAUGACUGGAUUGCUGGAUAUUCACCUUUUGUAAUGAGAGAUGUUAACUCUAAAUCAGCACAGCUGUGCAUAAGACCUGGAGCAGAAUUCAAGCACUGGAUGAGGAAAAACCCUAAUGAAGCUAGGAAGAAAAGAAAAUGAACAAAUGUUUGGACUGAUAGGUGUCUAUAGAAGCAGCUGCUAUAAAAUACUGUGGUCAUAAUCACCUAUGAAUUUUUACACAUGAAAUAGAUAUUCAGUGUAUUUAUCUACAUUUCAAUUGAAUAAAAACCUAAUUAUGUAUAGCUUCUUGUUAUUGUGAUAUAUUCAAUCC